AUGGUGAAGCUGACGUUCUACAUCGUCGACUGGAGCCUGAACAUGCAUGAGGAACUGUUUGCUGCUCUCUCGCUACUUGCAAUUAGCGACGCCAAGUUCGAGAUUGAAGCAGUGGUGUGUGUCGGAGGCCUCGCACAGCUCUGGACUGCUGAGGAAGACGGCACUAGUCAGCCAUCGAAUGCUAAAGAAGUCGAUGUCGUCGUCAUUGGUGGUGGGUUCUCAGGUUGCAUGGCAGCAUACGAUGUCCAUCAGGCUGGUCUCAGCGUCAUGCUCUUGGAAGCCAAGCAUCGUAUCGGCGGUCGCAGUCGCACGCAGAAGCUGACAAGUGGCCCUGGACUUGUGGAGCUGGGUGCGACAUGGAUUAACAAGGUCACACAACCAACCGUUUAUGAGCUGACGAGGCGUUUUGGACUCGACUGCAAGGAUCAAUACCUUCAGGGUGAUGUGAUAUGGGAGCUGCAUGACGGGAGUUUUGUACGGGCCAGUACGAGCCUGCCAGAGACUAGAAACCCAGAGUUGGCAGAGAGACUUCGCAAGCUCGUGGAAACCUUAACCCUGGCCGCAGAGGAGACAGAUAUCCACAGCCUUGAAUCGUUUCCCAAAGAGGAAGACAUCAGUGUUUCGGAUUGGUUGACUACGAAAGGUCUGUAUAACGAUGCUUUACUCCAGGGCCUUGCAAGGUUCCUCACCAUGGCAUGGGUUGGUCGCGAACCCCACGAGUGUGGGAUCCAUUAUAUCCUGGAUUACGUCAAGUCAGCCGGCGGCUUCGCGAGCAUCAAUACCGAUGGUCCAGGGGGAGCGCAAGCAUUAAAGAUCAAACAAGGAACAUCCGCUAUUGCGACUGCGUUAGCAGGUGCUAUUGAGCCCGGAUCUGUACAGAUCAAUGCUCCGGUUGACAGCAUCACGCAGUACGGGAAUGUCUGCGAAGUAACCACUUCAAACGGAACGAGAUAUCAGGCAAAGAAGGUCAUUCUUGCUAUUCCCACCAACACAUAUACGAACAUUCGAUUCAGCCCUCCACUACCCCAUUCGAAGAGAGCCCUCGUAACGCGUACGAAGCCGGGUAUCUAUGCAAAAGUCAUUGUGACGUAUACUUCGUCGUGGUGGAAAGACGCAGGCCUUCAGGGCAAGUUCAUGUCCAUGAAAGGCCCCAUCUGCUUCUAUUGGGAUAUCAGCGACGAUGCGACAAAGCAGUACUCGCUUGCUUUGUUUGUUGCUGGUGAUACUGCCGCAGCUUGGCACCAAUUGAGCGAGCUGAGUCGUAAGGAGGCGCUCAUCGACCACCUAGUUUCCUUUGUCGGACCUGAACUAGCUGACAAAGCGCGAGACGUCCUCGAGGUGAAUGCUGUCGAAUGGACCAAGGAGCCGUAUCUUGAUGGUGCACCUACUAGUGCUAUGGGACCGGGGAUGUUGAGGACCCAUGGCCGAGCGCUACGCGAGCCAUUUGGAAACCUGCAUUUCGUAGGUGGUGAGACCGCAUACGAGUGGAAGGGCUAUCUAGAAGUUGCUAUCACAGCUGGGAAGCGUGGCGCAGAAGAAGUGGUAAAAGCCUUGAAGGACUAA